UAAUAAAACGGAAGAAAGGUACCGUAGGAGGUAUUUUCAGCAUAUAUAUAUACAGUCAUGUAUCCAAUAAAACACCGUGUAUGCAUAGCAUGCAACUAUUUUAGAUCUCAAUAAAUUAAGGUAGGUCAUAGUAAUACCACAAUGAAAUCAUCGUUCGUGUGUUUAAUUUUUACUUUUCUGGUUGUUUUAAUUGGUGCUGAUAAAAACGAAGACAUAACGGUUAUAAAUGCACCGUCUGGGCCAAUCAAAGGACUGAAACUGAAUUAUCAGAAAACAGGAGAACCUUUAUAUGAAUUCAGGGGAAUACCCUUCGCCAAACCACCAAUUGGUCCAUUGAGAUUCAAAAAAACAGAACCACUUGAAAAACGGAAAGAAGUUCACGAUGGAACAAAAUUUGGAAAAAUCUGUAUGCAGCCGGGUAUCGAUUUCAUACCUGAACUUAGUAGACCAGCCAUGUCGGAAGAUUGUUUGGUAUUGAAUGUCUACGUUCCGAGAAAGUUACACGAACGUUUAUCAGUAAUGGUAUGGAUACACGGUGGCGGUUUUUGGAUUGGUUAUGGACACCAAUACGAUGGUGGAAAACUUGCAAUGGAAGGAAAUGUAAUUAUCGUAACGAUAAACUAUAGACUUGGUGCAUUUGGCUUUUUUGCUGUAGGUGAUUCUGCAGCCAGAGGUAACUAUGGUUUAUGGGAUCAAAAGAUGGCACUGCAGUGGGUACAUGAUAAUAUUGCAUCUAUUGGAGGUAAUCCUGAGUCUGUUACAGUAUUUGGCGAAUCCGCGGGGGGAUGUAGUGCAUCAUUCCAAUCACUUAUUCCUUCGAAUAAAGGUCUUUUUCAGCGAGUUAUUGCACAGAGUGGUGUUGUAUCUAGAUUUGUAGUGCUAAAAGAUAGCAGUGUUGAAAAAUUUGCAGCAGAAAUAGCUGAAAAAUCUUCCUGUCCAUUUGAUGAAAAGCAAAUAUUCGUUGACUGCUUAAUAGAGAAAACUGCUGAUGAAAUCCUUAAAUUAACCGACGUUUUUGCUUCAAUGCCAACGGACAAGAUGAUGUUGGAAUCCCUAGGAAUGCCGGUCGUAGAUCAUGAAUUGUUUCUUGAACAUCCAAUUAAAAGUCUUGAAGACAAAUCAUCAGAUGUGUCCCAGUUUUUCCGUUCUCUAGAUUUCAUGGCGGGGGCUACUUCUAACGAAGGAUCCACACUAUAUAUGAUGGUUCCACCAAAAUUUCAAGAAAACUAUGAAUUUAAUGUAACUGAAGGUAUUCCAUUGAAAGCCGUUUGUGACGGAAUACUGUCACCCUUCGUGGAAUUACUUUAUGCCAACAACUCAAAAGUCAAGGACAAACUGUGUAAAUAUUAUUCCGCAGAGUCUGUCGUAGAUCAAUCUUUAAAAGCAACGGAUGCCUGGGCUGAUAUAACAUUUAACUUUGGUAUCAAUAAAAUGUUAGAAUAUCACUCUGGAGGUAACACAUAUCAAUAUGUGGUAUCCAAAUUAAGUCCAAAACCUUUCGGCGGGCAUCCUCCAUCAUGGUUCAAAGGUGUUGGGCAUGGUGAUGAAUUGCUUUACUUUUUCAAUAUUACACAGUUUCUGUCACUGGAUAAAGAAGAGAUACUAAAUGAUAAAGAUGAGGAUUUUGGAAAGAAAAUGCUAAGUUAUUGGACAUCUUUUGCUAAAACUGGCGUGCCAUACGCUGGUGAUGGAUCGGUACUAUGGAAACCAUUCGAUAUAGAAGACAAAAAUUAUCUAGAUUUAGACGUGGAGAUUACACAAAAAAGUAACUACAAACCUGAAAUAUUGGACCUCUGGUCAAACCAACUACCAUCGUCUGAUCUGGAACCAGCGACUUCAGAUAACAGUCAACGUGAUGAAUUGUGAUUAUUUUAGUUUCAAUAAUAAUUAUCUGUUGUACUCAUUUUAUUUUAAUACAGAGAUAGCUUUUGAAACUAUAACAUAUCUUUAAAAAGGCAUAAAGGAUUACUUGCAUGAUGUAUUUGAUCGAGCGGUCAUUUGACUUUUAUGUAAAAGGAAUCAUGUUGGACUUCCCCACAACCAAAACCAACUGUUCCUACUUAAAAUAUUGCAGAAAAAACAUGUUCAAUCUAGUGUACAACUGUUAUUUUUGAUUAGAAGAUACUAUAUUAAACAUAAUCAGCGAGAUUUAUUGUUACGCACGAUUGUCAAACCACUGUUAUGAUAUGGAGAUACAUUAAAGAAAGGUAUGCAAUAUAUAACUUAAAAGAAGUUGAAUAUGAUCGUUUAACUCUUCCAAAAAGUAAUAAAAAUCCACCUAAACCUUGUCAUCCAGAAGUUCGCAAUGCCAUCUGCUAUGUAAAGUGCAAAGGUCUCCGGAAAACUAAAAACAAAAGCCAAUGAUUUGACAGCUAGAAAACCCGACGACAAUUCUUCGUAUUACACUAAAAGUAUGAGCCAAAUGUAUUUACUGGCUUGAUAUGUAUUUGGAAUUUUUAAUAUUAAAACACAAAAUUUCACAUCUAUUUUAUUGAUAAUAUUUUUUAAUCUUAAAAAGACUUAGCUUUCUUCAUAUUUACAAAAUAAAAUUAAAGUUAGUAACUCUGAAAUAAACUAUUUCUCUUUGAUUUUACAACCAUUUCCCCAUCAUAACUUGAACAGGAUUUUCACAAGCAUUCAGAAAAUCUGACGAACAAGGAAAACUAUUGUAUAACUAAAGAUGCUAAAAAUCCACUUAAAAUAUAGUUUUUCAGUGAGGUAGGGUUUAUGAAAGUCCUUCCAUAGCAAUAUGUUUUUUAACCGUGUCGCUGCACUAAAAAAACAAUUCGGCGAUUGGAACUGCAAAAUUUCGUGUUUUAUACUGGAUUUGAAUCAAGUGCUUUGUGCUCCAUUUUUAAUGGCAUGUAAUGCGUGUCAUAUACCGUUCCAACAAAAUGUGACUUGUGAGUUGAACUGUUUUGUCAAGAAACUGUACUUUUGUAUUAUAUACUGUUGUAUUCAACUAUACAGUUGUAAUUUACUAUUUUGUGAUGUACUGUCGUGUAAUAAUCUAUGCUUUUGUGUGAUAUACUGUCGUGUAAUAAUCACUGCUUUUAUGAGAUGUACAUUUGUAUUGAACCGUACUUUUUUGUAACUAACAGUCGUGUAAUAAUUAGUGAUUUAUAUGAUUUGUGUUGAAUUAAAUUGUGCUUUAAAUUAUUUGUUUUCUAUUAAAUUGUGCUUUGAA